AUGCGCUUCUUCAUCAUAGCCCUGAUCCUUCAGUGCGUCAGCUUCUCCAUGGCAAAACUUGAGAGUUAUCAAAUACCUCACAUACCGGAGGAACAGAAAACUUUUAAUUGUGAUGGCAGAAUCUAUGAUUACAUGAAAAUUAAUAACCUGAGAUCCUCUAUAUCAACAUUUAACCUUGAUAAUUUAGGGUACAGGCACACAAUUGGAUUUAGUGAGAUAGCCAGAGCGCAAGGCAUGAAUACAGGAGUCAUGUAUCACGACGAAUCAACGACCACCAGACAUGAGAUCUUAAGGGUUCAUUUUUCAGCUGAAUCGACUGGAUAUAUUGAGGACUUCUUCGUUCAUGAUGAUCAAUCGCGAGCGUGUGCCUUCAUCACCACAACCGUAGGGCGUCCAAUUCAUCGUAAAUAUAUAGCCGAAUCCUGCCAUCAUCCUCCUCCAAUAUAUAGGUUCUGUCAUCUUCAGUAA